GUGCUAGAAGCAGAGGUGUUGGUACUGCAUGCAGGCAGUCUACUGAGGGUCUCCAUUGUACACAGGCAGCUGUGAGGGGCGCCUUGUCCUCAGCACCAUGACCCAAGGAAAGGUCUCUGUUAGCAGCAAAGGUGCUGAAAAUGAGGGCAACAAUACAGUUAAAGAUGCCAGCAAUAACCUUUCAUCAGCUCCCCCUACCUAUGAAGAGGCUACAACAGGCGAUGGAAAGAAAGCAGAUUUUCUGCAAGCAACAUCUCCUUCAGUGUCACAUCACUCAUGGCAACAUGGGGAACCAUACAAUAGUCCAGAUAACAGCAGUGGAAUAUAUUCCGGGGACACAGAGAUGUUGACUACACAGAGCUGGGAUGAUGAAACUGUUCGCAGAGGGUUUAUUAGGAAGGUUUACACCAUCCUUAUGGUCCAGCUGUUAGUUACUGUGGCAGUUGUGGCCCUGUUUACAUUCUGCAACCCCGUGAAGGAAUAUAUUCAAGCCAAUCCAGGAUGGUACUGGGCUUCUUAUGCAGUUUUCUUCUCCACCUACCUAGUUCUGGCCUGCUGUUCUGGACCAAGGAGAAAGUUUCCAUGGAACCUGAUUCUUCUUUGCAUUUUUACCCUUUCCAUGGCUUACAUAACAGGAAUGCUGUCCAGCUUUUACAAUACCAAAUCUGUGAUUUUGUGUCUUGGAAUCACUGCCCUUGUCUGCAUGUCUGUUACACUGUUCAGCUUCCAAACUAAGAUCGACUUCACUUCAUGCCAAGGAGUUCUGUUUGUGUUAUCUAUGGUCCUUCUUUUCAGUGGCAUCUUCCUUGUUAUCCUCAUACCAUUUCAAUAUAUCCCUUGGCUACAUGCUAUUUAUGGUGUAUUAGGAGCAAUUGUGUUCACUAUGUUUUUGGCGUUUGAUACACAAUUGCUGAUGGGGAGUCGGCGUUACUCUCUCAGCCCCGAAGAAUAUAUCUUUGGAGCGCUCAACAUCUACCUGGAUAUAAUCUACAUAUUCUCAUUCUUACUCCAGGUGUUUGGCACUCACGAAUAACAUGCUUUCAUUUGGAUGGCUUUAAAGCUAUGUGUGUCAAUAUAUAACCACAGCAACCUUACUUUGCAAAAAAAAAAACAUAACUGCUGAAGUAGAAAUAAGUCUGGGAUCACUGGUUGAAUUCCUAACAAAUAACUAUUCAUGCAAAGUUGAAAAAAACCUUUUGAAGUUCAUGCAGUGUUAAGUUUCUCUAUUGGAAACCUGUUACCGAUUUUGCAAUUUAAGGGAUUAUUUGGAUUUUUAUUUGUUAUAUAAGGAAUUGAAGCCUCUUGUCAUGCAGUGUAAAAACAAAAGCUGAAACAAAAUAAGAGAAGAGGCAAGGUUUAAUGUGCUAAUAUUACUUUAGUAGUGCACCUAAAGCAUAGUGCUUGCAAAACUUACAACUGAUUAGUUAGCAAUGAUUGGCUUGUUUGUUUGACCGUUACAUUUCUUUGGACACAGCUUUCUCGUAUUGAUAAAUUUGUGCUGCUUUUGUCAGACAAUUGCUUGACUUCUCCUCUGCUUCAGCCCAAUAGAAGCUGUAGUUGACACCUUUGUGGUUCAGUUUCAUGUAGAUAGACAGGCUGAUAUAUGCUGCAGACUGAAAUGUUAAUAUAAUAAAGAGUAUUAUUUUCUUGUGAAA